AUGAACGGAGAGAACGAGCCCUCAAAUGACUACAAAACCUCUCAAUUUGAUGGCUAUAAUCACCAGAAAUCGCGAUCUUAUCCAUCAGAAUAUAAAGAGUAUCCGAUGCCCUACCAGUUUGAAUACAACAUCGAUGAUGGAUAUGGCAAUAAGCAGGACAGACACGAGACAGCCGAUUCAAACGGGAAUGUCGUCGGAAGCUAUGGAUACGUCGACUCGAAUGGGAUUUACAGAAAAGUUGUCGACUAUACUGCGGGUCCCGAAGGAUUUGUGGCCAAAAUUAAUUCAAACGAACCGUAUCUCAAACAUAAGGCAAAUCCGGCGCACGUUAUGCUCAACGUUGAAGACCCGCCGCCCAUAAAGACAAACAUUAAUUAUGCGAUUCAUAGGACAAACAGUUACGCCGAGGAAGACAUUAAACACAACGACAAAUACGACCAUCUAUUCAAUAAUCAAAUAAGGGAUCAAAUCUAUAGGGCGUCCGAUAAUCGACAAGAACCUCACGUAUACGUCGACGACAAAGAAAAUGAUUAUGAUAAAUUAAAGCCCAUUCUAACCAUGUUCAGGCCACAACAACAGUACACCAGAAGCCAAACAAAUGCAAAUCCUAACCAACAUAUCUAUCAAUCAAUUAAUCCCAUUGAAAGCCAUUACAAUAGGAAUGCGGAUGAUAUACAGGCCUAUGCCUCCGAUCGCCGAUAUUAUGACUGA